AUGUCUCAUUCAUCAGGGCCCACCGUUCCGACCCCGUCACCUGACGGCGCUGUAGCGGAGCUCCAGCCUCACAGCCAAGGUAGCCCGCCGGUUUUCAUCCAUCCACCCAGGCCCCAUGCUGCGCCUUCGGCAUACCCGUCUUAUCCGCCGGCACUGUAUCCGCGGCAGCUCCAACCGCAGCCCAGCUACUCGCCGUCGAUCCCUAUGGACACGCACGACCCGAACAGGAGUAGUGUCGGUAGUCGCACUGCCCCAGCGGCAUCGUCUCUGACGCUGUCCGGCUCAUACGGUGCCGCAGCCGCGACUUGCCCGUCACCCGCCUAUCCUGCGCCCCCCGGCUCUUCUGGGUACGGCAGGUAUUCACAGCAGCCGCCCGUAGCACCGCCGCCACCGACGCACGAGCAGCAGAACCCCAUGGUGUACAUCCCGCGCGAGGUGGGACGUGAGGAAGUCGUGAAUGAGGCCAUCGCCUCGACAUCGCAGUACCGGUCGCAGACGCAACUGAGGCAGGAGGCGGAGUGGUGUUACGAGCGGCUGUGCGGGAACGUCCCACAGUCGGGGCACCGCGGCCGCGAGGGGCAAAGGUGCGACGGCUACGCGCGAGAGAAUGUUGCUCGGCAUCUGUUGACUGCAGACCGUGCCGCCGCGCGGGGCGGCACAGUGCCGUCCGUCUCUUCUCGCACCGCCCAGCUGCAGAACGUGGAGUUCUUGAUCGGCUCGCCCUGUCAUGUUAACAGGCUCGUACUCCUCUUCUUCUCCACGCUGUUCGGCGUCCUUCCUCUUAUGUCCACCUUUGCCUUCACGACGCUGCUGUGUGGUGUGGUGCUGCUGUACAUUUCUGACUACCUCGGAUACCAUCGCACCACCGUCUUCGUCCUGCUCGGCACCGCCAUUGUGUUUUCGGCGACGCUUUUCUUUUCGAACAUCCACGCAGCGGCCACGUCGUUUGGGCCAAUGCUGAUGAUUGCGGACUUGGGUGGGAUUCUCAUGGUGGUGGUAGCGGCUGCGAUUCAGCACUUUCGCUGGGUGCAGGAGACGUUUCCGAAUGUCCUGUGCUCGCUGGAGCGACUUGUGUUCGCAGUGGGCCCUGUGCUCUGCUUGCCGCCUCUGCUGACGACGAUCACUGGACUCGCUGGCUCUCGCUACGCACCGUUCUUCUUCUUUGCUGCUCUGUGCACGCUGCACCACUUCUUCUAUUGCCCCCUCAAGAGUAGCUUCCUUGUGCUGGUCUCGCCAAAGAGUGCUGCGGGUGCCGCCACAGCGUCGGUGCAGCAGCAUCACCAGCAAUCAGAUGCCGCCGGGGAUGCCGGUGUCCACGCGAGACGGAGGGUCGUCGAUAACGGGAACGGUGAGGCAAAAGGCGCGCACGUGGGUGUCGGCGGUGUCGGCGCCAACGAUGAUGCGGCCCUUGUCGACACCUCCUCGCCUACCCACGGUGUGCCGCUGCAAUUGAACGAGCAAGUGGAGGCGGUUCUCUUCAGCUGCCUGGUCGUGCUACUCCCUAUCGCUGUGUACAACGCCUUCCAGAGCAACUGGGACGACCAUGUGUUUGCGAACAUUCUCAACUCCCUCGGCCUCGUCUGCGGCAGCAUCGCGUACUUCUGCAUUUCGCCGAUGCACAGCCUCUGGUUCCUGGCACCGCCAGGGGAGAAUACCUACUCACUGUUUCAGCAGCUGGAAUACGACCCGGUCAAGCUUCUCGACCUCGUCGCGACCUUCCGCAUUCCCGUGCUGGCCUCCGCCUCUACUCUCGCGGUGCAUUGGGGCGCCUACCGCCUCCUUAGCUCGCGCUACGCGUACCUGUUCUCCGGCGUUGCCUACCCUUUCAAUGCCAUCUUGCUGCUGAUCGCCUUCUACAUUACCGUGUACGUCGGCAUUGAAAUCAAGCGACUCCUCGACAUUGACAGCAGCGGCGGCGACGUGAUGAAGGACAAGCACCUGAUACGACGCAUGCCGGUGCUGCUUGGCAGUUGCGUGGUGUCCGUCAUUCUGUGCAUCCUGACAAGUAUGCCGGGUGUGCUCUACUUUCCAAGUGUGCUCUCCGUCAUCGCAUUUAAUCUGUUCCUCAUGGACCGCACGAGCGGUGGCCCAAUGUUCACCUUCACUGUCUUCACGAGCCUGAUGCUGCUGUGGUGGAUGUACCGCACGUACUCCUUCAUUGUGAUGGAUCUGCGCGUUUUUGGUGAGACGACGGUAGUACCAACGCCGGUGCUGGGGGUGAGCGUGCUGUGGUGCUACGUGCUCGGCUGCAUGGGUUUCACUCUUUCAUUCUCGCCUAGCAAGAUGCCGGUGACGAUCGUCCUCUUCCUGCUCGCGCUGCAGGUUACCUUCGUCGAGCACGUCCUCUACUCGCAAAAGGAGGAGGGGGUCUACCCUGGGGUGCUUGUCGCGCUCACGAGUGUGGUGGGCGUUGCCGUGAUGUGCCGCAUGUAUGCAAACGGCGUUCUGACAGUGUACUCGGCGGCGCUCAUCUCGUCCUGCUACGUAGCCAAGUUCUUUACGUUUCUGGUCGAAGUGACGAGCGCUGGCUAUGCCGCGGAGCUCGCUGUGCGUGAUGGGUUGGAGACGGUCCGCGCGGGCCUCCUUACGGUCGAGUUGACGUGUGGGUGGUGGGUUGUCCUCUUCGCUGGAUACCUCGUCGCCACAUUCGAGAUCGAGCACCGCCGUCGCAUCAAGAUGGAAGCGGCGAAGAGGAUGCUCUACACAUACGCCGCCCUGGCGCUGCUGCUGUCCCUGCUGACGAUCCGCAACGUGCAACGCGCGGCGUACGAGUUUGUCACCCAUAGCUACGUGGCGGAGUCGGAGCUGCUUCACAUUGCCGCCGGCACGUGCUGUGCGACCUACGCACUUCUGACGAUGCCCGUGUGGUGGCGACUGAAGAGCCGCUACCCGGUUGUGUUCCCGCUUUACGCCGUUUCCCGCGGCACGGCGCUGCUGGCUGUGGUUCUGCUAGCUGUGCAGCCCACCCGUGUGAUUGAGGAUGAGGUGUCCGACUUAGACUACGAUUUCGAGUACGCCGACAGAGGUCGUUGCGCGACGGCUGUCGGUCUCAUAAUGCUGCUUGGUGCCCGGGUCUUCAGUCUGUCGUGCUUCCCGUUUGCCGGUCGCUUUCUGUACUGGCUUGUGGCAGCCGCGUCAUUGGCACUCGGCAUCACCGGGCUCGUGCAGGCCGCGCCGUCCUUCAACUUCUACAUCAUGAUGCUGGGCUUGGUUUUUUUGGCUCUCAUCAUGGUCGAUGUGGCACACUAUCGCGAGGUAGGCGGCUUCGUGCUUAUUGGAGUGUACGGUCUCUUCAUCCUUAUGAUCCCGCUCUCUUUCCUGCAGCUCAACCAGUUCGUCAGUGAGCAGCAGGAGAAGCUGCACUACUCGUCCGAUCGCCUGACGACGCUGUGGGAUAUGCACGAGCAGGGCAGCAUGCGCCUUCUGGCAGUCAUCAUCGUUCUGCACCUCGGCUUGUCAGUGAUGAUCAACUGUCGCCUGAGCGGGCGGCCGCUCCUCCCCAAGUGCCAGGUGAUUAGCCGAGAGGCCAGCCUGUCCCUUGGCGUCAUUGCCAACUUCUCGACAGAACUGUCCGUGAUGCUGCUGUGCGCCAUCAAUUUCUACGGCAACGACAGUGACCCAGCCCUGUACGUUUUAUUCUCUCUCCUUCUGCUGCUCUUUGUGGAUGACGAGCUCAUCUUUUUUGAACUCAAGGAGCACAACUUCCGCUACUUCGCACCUGCAGCAUGCGCCUUGACACUGUUGUGGCUCUGCACCAUGUGGAAUGCGUGGCGCACGGCGGCACCGCAUGGUCUUCUCUCGCAAUUGAGGAGGGAGACGUGGGCAGUAGUGCAGGCUUCUUUCACCUUGCCGGCGCAGAUCUCGCUCCUGUCGCUGUUGUGGAAGGGGCGCAAGAUGGGCAGCUCUCCCGGCUUCGUUGUCAUUGGCUCGGUACUGCUGAACCUGGCGUGCCUGCUACUGGUGUCUGACAAGGCAGUGCAGUGGAUGGCGAUUGUGGGCAUCUUCGGCCAGUGCGUACGUGUCUUUGAAGCACAACUCCAGCCCACCACCUCCACGCGUCGUCGUCACAGCAGCGCCUACUAA